AUGGCAAGCACACUAGGCGCCACAUCAAAUGCAGAGGAAGCAUGUCGCAGUGAGGGGACGGAGACAGUUGCGAUGUACUUGCACGGAAAUGUUGCAAAAGCGCUUGCAGAAGGCCUUGCAGCUACCAUCAAAGCCCAGCCCAAAGAUCCACCAAUAUUUCUUUCCCGAUGGCUGCUCGGAUUUGUUGACGAGCGUCAGAAGCAACUCAAAGGCAGGGUGCCACAGGUGCAAAGAGAAAGACUGUUAUCGCAGGCCUUCGUAAAGAGUUCCAGAGCAGAUUUGAUGAAGCAACAAGGAGAGCGAACACUACAAGGGCACUUGAAGAGAGCUCAAAGAGAUACCCUUGGUCUCCGUGCAUCCGAUACAGAGGCUAUUGAGGCUUUUCGAGCUGUAGAGUGGGUGGACGAAGAAACAAUUGGAAAUCUUCUUGACUGUUUAAAGAAAUCGGUUGGCGCUACUGGCAUUUAUAUGGCAAAGUACGAGGAACAGACGGCUUUCAAGGAUGGAAGUACAAAUCCGGUGUUGAGAUACAUUGCCACCGAUAAAUCUCAUACCCACAUGCUUGGCCAGUGCCUUCGUGAGGAAGAAGGAAUUACAUGGGAUCUUUUUCAAGACGACGAAAGUGACAAAGAUGCAGAAGAGCUAAUGAAGCCCUCCAGAGGAGACGGAGAGGACGAGGAAGGCGAACCCUUGGCAGAGGAACAGGAGGAAAAACGCUGGACAUCGACAGAUACGCCUGAAGCAGAGGCAGAGAAUGCAUUAAAGCACAAAUCUGUGUUUGUUGAAGAAGUGCUAGACAAUCCCAGAAUCUACUAUUUUGGCCUCACAAGGCCUGGAAGCUAUAUAGCUGUGUCUGUAGAGUUCAAUGAUGUGGCAAAUGCUGAGUCCGUCACGGCUUUGUCUAAAUGGCUGAAAGACAAACGAGAAGGAGAGGAAAAGAUAUCUUUUUCUGGAGAAAAAGUAGAAGAAACUUCAGGAACAGCUAGUAGCGCUGAGUCUACUGAUGGUGAUCUGAACGAUGAAGAGGAAGCUCUAGCCAAGGAAAGCAGCUCUCUUGGUCCUGUCGAACUACACAGCACGCCAGCAAAGUACAUCCUGUGUGCUGACUCCCUUGGACAGGAAGCAGCAUUUACGCAAAGUGCAUUCCAAUGCGUUCAAACAUUUGCGAAGGAGAUUGGGAAAGCCUUUGUCCGAACGCAGCGAGAAGCAGUGGAGCGACAAGCAUAUGAGAGGCUGAAUACUAGCGAGCUGCAAGAUGAAGAAGAAUACUUUUCUGAGUUACAGCAAAGGUGCUCAGUGAGGUCGCAGGAGCUACUAGAACAGCUGCAGGCCGAAGCGCUGCGACAGCUUGAUGAGGAGGAAGCAGAAGAGGCUGCACACAGCGAGAUGCUAAGGCAAGAAAAACAAAGAUGGCGACAAAAAAAGUCAGAGAAAAAAGGCCAUCUAGAAGGCCAAGAAGGAUACAAAGACAACGCGGAGCGCGAAGAACGGGUCGAUAGCGAAAGUCUGUCAAGUGGAAAAGACGAUGAGGAAGACGAUGAAACCAAUGAAGAAACGUCGGUGACUCCUCCUCUUUCCAGGCAGUGUGCAUUGGAAGCUGCAGCAGCGCAGGCUGCACUCCGGGCAUUCAACGAAGAAGUUCUCAACCAGUACAAGCAUAGGCUGUCAUUCCGCCAACGAUACAUUGCAGACUCUCCGGGAUUGGUGUCAGCCGCUGCCGCAUGCGCGCUUCUCCUAGGACACGAAGCCAGCGCACUCAAAGAACAUUCAAAAGACGAAAAUUCCCAGUGGAGCUGGAAUCAUCUGCGCCGGCUUCUAACGCCAGCCUUUGCUGAAGCAAUGCUGAAGUUUGACCCUAGUAGUGAGCAGUUCCGGGGAACUUUGGUUUUGUCACAGCCUCCGGCGUAUCAGUUGCUGCUCAGUGCCGUGUAUAUCUAG